AUGACAAUUGUUGCUUGCGACAACAUGCUGGAGGAGUCGGCGGCGCUGCCUGGGCACCACUCUCUGGAGCGCUAUGAGCCAGACCACGAGUGCUGCGAGAGAGUUGUCAUCAAUAUCUCAGGCUUGCGCUUCGAGACGCAGCUCAAAACCCUGUCCCAGUUCCCCGAGACUUUACUUGGCGACCCCAAGAAGAGAAUGCGCUACUUUGACCCACUCAGAAACGAGUAUUUCUUUGACAGGAAUCGGCCGAGCUUCGAUGCCAUUUUAUAUUACUACCAGUCCGGGGGGCGUAUUCGGAGACCCGUGAACGUUCCCAUUGACAUUUUCUCCGAGGAGAUACGCUUCUACGAGCUCGGGGAGGAGGCCAUGGAGAAAUUUCGAGAUGAUGAGGGCUUUAUAAAGGACGAGGUGCGUCCGUUGCCCUCUAAUGAGUUUCAGCGACAGGUGUGGCUGCUGUUUGAGUACCCGGAGAGCUCGGGUCCGGCCAGGGGCAUCGCGAUCGUCUCGGUGCUGGUCAUUUUGAUAUCCAUAAUUAUCUUUUGUCUGGAAACGUUACCCGAGUUCCGAGACGACAGAGACCUGGCGACGGUCGCCCCACUUCUGAACGUAACUAACCCUUACCUCACGAGUCCCUUCUCUGACCCGUUCUUCGUGGUGGAGACUCUGUGCAUCAUCUGGUUCUCCUUUGAGCUGCUCGUCAGGUUCUUCGCGUGCCCCAGCAAAGCCACGUUCUCCAAGAACAUCAUGAACAUUAUUGACAUCGUGGCCAUCAUACCCUAUUUCAUCACUUUGGGGACCGAGCUCGCGGAAAGGCAAGGCAACGGCCAGCAGGCGAUGUCCUUGGCCAUUCUCCGGGUCAUCAGACUGGUGCGAGUGUUUCGGAUUUUCAAACUCUCGCGGCACUCGAAAGGGCUCCAGAUUCUGGGGCAAACGCUCAAAGCCAGCAUGCGAGAGCUGGGCUUGCUGAUCUUCUUUCUCUUCAUCGGGGUCAUCUUAUUCUCGAGCGCCGUCUACUUCGCCGAGGCGGAUGAUCCCGACUCGGGCUUCAACAGCAUCCCUGAUGCGUUCUGGUGGGCGGUGGUUACCAUGACGACCGUGGGAUACGGCGACAUGCAUCCAGUCACCAUAGGGGGCAAAAUCGUCGGCUCCCUGUGUGCGAUCGCGGGCGUGCUAACCAUCGCUUUGCCAGUGCCAGUCAUCGUGUCCAAUUUCAACUACUUUUACCACCGAGAGACUGAGGGAGAGGAGCAGGCGCAGUACCUCCACAUCGGCAGCUGCCAGCCUCUGUCCUCCUCCGAGGAGCUGAAGAAGACGCGGAGCACGUCUUCGCUCAGCAAGUCGGAGUACAUGGUCAUUGAGGAGGGCAUCAACAGCGCCUUCAAGCAGCCCAACUUCCCCGCUCAGAACAACCAGAACUGCGUAAACAUGAAAAAGAUGUUCACGGACGUGUAGGCUCUUCUAGACGCGUGUCUGCGUGAUGAUGGCAACGCUAGGUUCGUGUCAUGACUGUCAAGUGCUGCUGAGUGUGUCGCCCUCCAUUUCCACGACGCAGAGGAAGUGGUUACAUGUCUAACGCGCCAGUCCCACGCAGUGUGCAUCACCUGUUUGACUGAACCAUUUCACUGUGAGGAGGAAGCCGCUAUCGGCUUUCAGUCCGUUUGCUUUAGAUAAUCCUCCAGAAUGUUUUGAAGUCUGGCUGAAGAUUCGCUGUCUGGCUGGAUUUUGUAAACUGGUGAAAAUGGAUUUUCUCAUCUAACCAGA